GCUUCUCGCCCUCUCUCUCCCUCCCUCCAUUCCUUAUACACUUAUCCCUACAUAUCUUAACACUUUCCCUUCCUCCGUCCAUCCAUAACUCCUCCUCUUCCUCCUCCUCCUAUCCUUGCAUACCUGUCUGCCCAUCCCUCUCUCCUUACCUGUGUUUCCUGUCAAUCAGCGUUCCCACCUGUCCUCCUUCCUCGUCCUUCCUCCUCCUUAGCUCCUCUUCUUUACAUCCUUUCAUCCUUCUUUACAUCCUUAAACUCUUCACCUUCUUCCUGCUUUCCUUCCUGCCACUCCUUCUUUACCUUUCUCCUUAACCACUUCUUUAUAUCUUCACUUCCUUCCACCUCUCUUCCUCCUUACCCCCCUACCCCUCCGUCCUCCCGUCCCGCCACUCCGUCACCGCCUCUGUCAGCGCCUCCGUCAGCGCCAUGGAGGCCAACGCAGGGGUGGACAUGGAGGACUAUUGGAACGAGGUGCUGACUUACCGCCGUCGCUCCACGCACUCCACCUCCUGCCAGUCCGAGGAGGAGGGACGCAGCCAUGACGAGGAGCUUGAGUCAGACGAACACUUCCUGGAGGGCCUCGGCAUCCCCAUCAAGGAGGACUCGGAGCUUUCGGAGGACAACGUCACCCUCAGCAAGUUCCUGGGCACGCUGAACCCCCGCCAGGAGGAGGCCUUGAAGCGUCGUGUCCGCACCGUCAACGCCACCAUCAGGAGGAAGAAGCAGCGCCAGAAGCCGGACAUCAGGAGCUUCUUCAACAAUGCGGACAACUCCUCCACGGGCACACGCAGCCGCAGCGCCACCCCGGACUCCCUGGACUCCGUGUCGCCCCCCAGGACCCCGCCCGACCCGCACCCCAAGUCGUGGGUGGACCCGUACCUGAGUCGUUCCCGGGGCUCCCUGGACUCCGGCAACCACUCGCUCGUCACUUCCCCCUCCAUCCCCGGCCCCACGCCCCCCUUCCUCCCCGACCCACCGCCGCCCCCGCCCUCAGCCCCCCACCACGCCCACCACCAUCACCUCCAUCACCAUGUCCACGCCCCACGCCCACAUGCUGUCGCCGGCAGAAGACACACGCCCCCUAGUGACACGCCCUCCAGGAAUCAGUGGCUGGAUGACCCUUCCCCCCACCUGUACCGCGCGCCCUCCCUCGACACCCUGCCCAAGGUCGCCCUGGGGCCAUCCAAGGGCAAGGAGCUGCGUCGCCAGAGGUCCUACGCGCGGGACCUCGCCAGGGACGUCAAGAACUUCCACUCCUCGAAGCAGGGCGCCUAUGAGUUCUUCGGGAAGUCCUCCGGUGACGACCACGAGGUGCAGGUGCUCAACUACCGCUACAUCGGCUCGGUCUACAUCCCCCACGCCAGGUGCAAGGAGAAGGACAAGCGACCCCCGCUCGAACCCCGCCCACGCCAGGACGCGGAGGUGGCCAACGAGUCACGGCGAGGCUCAGGCGUGGAGCUGCGCAAGUCCCACUCCGUCUACCACCAACGGGAGGCGCUGCGGGAGGAGAGGGAGAACAGGCCGCUGCGCACCGACCGGGAUAACAGACAGCGCUCCACCUCCACCACCGACCUUGGCUUCAGGGUGGGCAAGCAGGACCCCGACGAGGAGUAUCCGGAGCUAAUACUCGAGCCGGGGCGCUGCGGGCAGACACGGGUGGACUGGCUGGACGAGCCGGACCUGCAGCGGCUGACGUCCCUGGCGCUGCUGGAGCUGGACAUCCUCUUCACGGAGCACCAAAUCCACCACCGCUGGAGGAAGGUCAAGAAGCGGAAACACUCCAAGGAAGAGAGCGGCGUGUUCGGGGCGGCCCUGGAGAGUCUGGUGCAGCGGGACUCCACCUUCCUGCCUGAGUCACCCCUCGAGGCCCAGGUCCCGCUCGUUUUCUAUAAGUUGGCGUGGCAGCUGGAGCGUCAGGGCCUGCUGCAGGAAGGCAUCAUGCGGGUGCCGGGACACAGGUCACAGACGGAGCAGCUGCGGCGCACGCUGGACACACACUUUUACAGCUGCCCCGCCACCGCUGACGCCGCCCUCCGGAACGCCACACCCAACGACAUCGCGGCGCUCAUCAAGACCUUCCUGAGGGAGCUGCCAGAGCCCCUCCUCACCCACGCCUACACGCCCGCCUUCUACAAGUGCCACCGCAUCCCGGACAUCGGUGAGCGCGUGCUGGCCCUCACCAUGCUCGUGCUGCUGCUGCCCACGCCCCACCGCGACACGCUGCACGCCCUCCUGGAGCUGUGCGCGCGCGUGGUCACCUUCCAGUCCUCCAAUAAGAUGUCCCUGUACAACGUGGCCAUGAUCGUGGCGCCCAACAUCUUCUUCCCGCCCAGCCCGCGGCCCAAGCUGAACCUGCGCUCCGAGGACAAGGAACAGCAGCUCAACCACGAGAUGACGUACGCGAGCGUCACAACGCAACUCACGCAGAUGCUCAUCAAGUACCGCGAGGUGCUGUGGACGGUGCCGCAGCGCCUGGUGACACAGGUGCGGCGCCAAUACCAGGCGGAGGCCCUCAAGUUGGUCAACACCACGCCCAUGCGUCGGCUCCUGUCCCGCAAGAGCAAGGAGACGAUUCAGCGGCCGAUCGAGAACGAGGUGGACUACCAGGAGGGCAUCUUGCGGGUGUCGGCGCCGCAGUUCAACAAGAUCAACUACCCCGUCAAGCUCAACCCCCGCAUGACCGCCGGCGACCUGCUCACCAAAUUCAUCGAGGAGCUCACACUACUGCCGGAGAACCCCAGGCGAGUGGAGGGGCGGAGGGAACAGCAGUACAAGCGGCCAAGCAGCGGCGGGGGCGGCUCUCCCCCGUCCAGCACCGCCCCACUCACUGCCCCCUCCCAGCCCCGCCACACCUCCCUGCCGGCCUCCUCCGCCCCCACCAUCACCCCCCCGCUCCCCACCUCCCAGUACCUCGCCUGCCUCCUGAGUGGGUCCCUCAAGAAUGCCCUUCAGCAGCACGCCCUUCACGAGCAAGGAGGGAAUAUUGGUAACCGGCGGCUGGACCCCAACGCCAAGCUGCUCGCGGUGUACCAGGACAACCCCAACGCGGAGUUCGCAGUCAAGUGCCACCACCUCGGGGGACUCGCGGGGAGGAGGAAUUCAUAGAGACAACCCGCUAUGUCCUCCUCCUCCUCCUCCUCCUUCUUUUGUUUUUUAUCUUACUGUAGUUUUCCUUUUAUUCUGUUUCUGAGACGACUUUGUGUGUUUUGCCCAUUCUCCCAGAUAUAGAGACAAUUCACUAUGUCCUCCUCCUCCUCUUCCUUCUUUUGUUCUUGAUCUUAUUCUGGUUUUCCUUUUAUUCUGUUUCUGAGACGACUUUGUGUGUUUUGCUCAUUCUCCCAGAUAUAGAGACAAUUCACUAUGUCCUCCUCCUCCUCCUCCUCCUCCUCCUCCUCUUCCUUCUCUUCCUCCUCCUCCUUUUGUUCUUGAUCUUACUCUGGUUUUCCUUUUAUUCUGUUUCUGAGAUGACUUUUGUGUGUUUUGCUCAUUCUCCCAGAUAUAGAGACAAUUCACUAUGUCCUCCUCUUCCCCCUGUUCUUCCUCCUGUUUUCCUUUUUUUUAUGUUUCUGAGACGACUUUCUACUACUUCUACCACUCUUCUUUAUUAAUUUCUCGUAUUUCUGUGCUUCCUCUUCCUCUUUCUCUUCCUACUGAGACGAUUUAACGUGUCCCUCCUCCUCCUCCUCCUCCUCCUCCUCCUCCUCCUCCUCCUCCUUUUCCUUGUUUUCCUUCUCCUGAGACAGUUCAGCCUACCUCUUCGUCAUUGUCGUCGUCCUGCUCUUCAUAACACAGCCUUCUCGAGUGCCUUUUCUUCCUGUUUUUCAUCUUCUUCCUCCUCCUCCUUCCGGUGGUGUUGAGGCUACCACUUCAAGGUCACAGCCAGGUGUUCAGGUUUUGCUUCAGGUGCUCAGCAGUUUGUGUGGAUGCUGGUUUUUUUUUUCAUAGUUUUUGUAAAGGGCCAGAGAAUGUCAGUGACUGUUUUUUUUUUUUUUUGUGUGUGUGUGUGUUGGCAGGAUGAGUCGUGGGCAGAAACUUUAAUUAAUGUCGAAGGAAGCUCUGAACAGAAUCGUAAAGAACAAAGUGAAAUGAAAAAGGAGACAAGGAAUAGAAUGUCACUCCUGUACAAACCGAUGGAGUUUCUCGACACCCUGACUCGUUCCCAGACACUCUUCAAGCAUUCCUCUCAUACUGAAAGGUCCUAAGUUCAUUCAUUCCCCUCAUACUGAAAGGUCCUAAGUUCAUUCAUUCCCCUCAUACUGAGAGGUCCUAAGUUCAUUCAUUCCCCUCAUACUGAAAGGUCCUAAGUUCAUUCAUUCCCCUCAUACUGAAAGGUCCUAAGUUCAUUCAUUCCCCUCAUACUGAAAGGUCCUAAGCUCAUUCAUUCCCCUCAUACUGAAAGGUCCUAAACUCAUUCAUUCCCCUCAUACUGAAAGGUCCUAAACUCAUUCAUUCCCCUCAUACUCGAAAGAUCUUAGGGCUGUUCAUUCCCUUCAUACUUAUAAGCUCACUCAUUCCCCUCAUACUUGCUAGGUCUUAAACUCCCUCAUUCCCUUCAUACUUCAUUCAGCCCCCUCAUACUGAAAGACUCACUCAUUCCCCUCAUACUGAAAGGCUCACUCAUUCCCCUCAUACUGAAAGGCUCACUCAUUCCCCUCAUACUGAAAGGCUCA